AUCAAGCAAAAAGGGCCAAUGGCUUACAAAAAACUUAAGUCCUUCACUCAAUGUGAAGAACUGUUAAUAAAGUUUUUCUUUAAAGGAAAACUACAUGUCUUUCUCUUUUCUGUGCAUUCUAAAGAAACAGCUAAAAGAGGCACCUAUUCCGCUUAACAUCUUCUAAAACAACCUCAACAAACCAACAAAAACACACCAUUUACAUAAUGUGACCUGUAUAUUAACCGAGCUACAGCAACAUUGUUGUUAUUGUUGUUAUUGUUAUAGCGACUAGCUUCACCACACACUCAUCAUCAUCAGCAUUUGAAUGCUUCAGGCCACUACUGAAAGGUAAGGCUACAUAUUAUACAUAUAAGUUCUAGAAAUGCCUAAAAUGACCAAAAUACGGCACAAUUCUGUAAGUAUUACAUAUUAUCAUAAAUAUACCUGUUACAGCAUAUAUAUAAAAACCACAAAACCUCGUUGGAGGUUGAAUAGUGGUCUUUGUGGGCAUUUUUCCUUGAAAGAGUAGUUACACUCCAUGACUGUAGAGGGAGCCUGUGAGCAAUAUGAUAAUGAGCAGGUAGCAUAUGCCCAACAUGAGAAAGAUUGGUUGGAAAAAAAAACAUGGCCGCAUCUCGAAAAACAUCAACCCAAGUCAUUGACCAUGUGUCGAGAUUCUCCAGACAUCCGAGAAGACAAUGGACCCAGCCUGCUGUCCUACAGUAACCGGCUCAGCCCGUCUGUCCCCGCUGCCCACUGAGAGGUCUACACUGGCACCCUAAUCAUCCAUCACAUGACCACCUGACAUACAGAGAGGGCAAGGACACACUCAAGUGGGGGAGCUUCUGGAAGCAAGGAUUUUUCAGCACCCUUCCACAUUUGGAGACUCUCGCCAUGCACGAGAAGGAGCUCUGCGUGGACACAGGGGUGCACUGAAACUGUCAUGCUCCUCAUGACGUGGAAUAAUAUGCACAAAUGGGCUGUUUUUGGCUGCUUUUUUUGACUUGUGGAAUACUACAACGCUGCUAAAGACCUUUUGUUGCGCACAAGUGGAAAGAAGAGGGAGAGUGCCUCAUUGCCGGGCACCUUGUGGGUGCGCUCAGCAGUCUUGUUUCCAUGCGGCUCUGUCAUCCCGUGGCUUCUCGUCGUCCCAGUGGUCACCAUGACAACCACAAGGAGCCCAAAGUGAAUCCAAGGCGUCCGAAAGAGUUCCCCUUCCCCUUUAUCUUCGCGAUUGAAGACAUUUUCGCAGCAGCCGCGGGGUUUAUUUAAAGUGUUGUCCUUUUAAAUAGAAGUGUCAUUUACUGUGCGUAAAAGCAAGAGGAACCAUGGUUCCGGUGCUCCUCUACAUGCUGCUGUGUGUCCACCUCGGAGUGUGCCAGCACUACCUUCGCCUCCGUCCAUCCCCCAGCGACCACCUGCCAGUCCCGGACCUCAAGGAGGACCCCGACCCGGAUUACGACCCCAGGGAGCAGGACUUGUCUGAGAGGACUCUGAGGAAAAAGCUGGGCAGCCACUUUGACCCCAACUUCAUGUCCAUCAGCGCGCCUGUGCUCACCAACUUCUCGGCACCAGACGUCAAGCUGCAGGGGCCCAUGCCCAAUGAGAUCAAGAAGCUGGAGCUCACAGAGACCCCCUAUGGGAAGCGUGUCAAAGUGGGCAAGAAGGCGCGGAGGAAAUUCCUCCAGUGGCUGUGGACCUACACGCACUGUCCCGUGGUGUACACCUGGAAGGACUUGGGAGUGAGGUUCUGGCCACGCUACAUUAAGGAGGGCAACUGCUUCUCGGAGCGCUCCUGUUCAUUCCCAGAGGGGAUGUCUUGCAAACCUGUCAAGUCCAUCAACAAGAUAUUCCUACGGUGGUACUGCCAAGGCUUUUUAAGACAGAAAUACUGUACGUGGAUACAGGUGCAGUACCCCAUCAUCUCAGAGUGCAAGUGUUCAUGCUGAAGACGUGGGUGGAUGGAGGUGUGGAGGUGUGGAGCUUGGACUGGUUUCUAUUGCACUGUUAACUCUCUCCAGAGGUGGGCACCAUAGCAAAUCUAUUUUUUUAUAUAGCAUUUUAAAGUGAAAUACCAACAUUGUACAUAUUUAAGAGGAAUGCAGCUAUUUUUUCUAAUUGAACCAGGACCAUAUUUUAUUGUCAACACUUUUUGGGGGGAGGGGGUGGGUGGGUGGGAGAUGACACCAUGCAGCACUUCAUAUGGAAGAGCUUUUUUUUUUUUAAGAGACAUUGAA